CUGAGGGUGCUAUAGUGCCACUCAAAUGGGGAAAAUGAAAAAAUGGGGAGGUAAAUGAUAAAAAAGUGAAGUACGACCAACCCAAAAAAUACAACCAAAAAUUUUCAAAAAUUUUUUUCGAAACGCCAAAAUUUUAGCCCACAUCUCAGUUUAGCCCCCCGCUGAAAUCGGCCCCUGACUAUGUCCUUGGGUUCUAUUCCAACCCAUAAAACAGUGUUGUUUAUUUGGGAUAUAAAUCAAAAAUUAAUUAAAGAAGAUGAAUUUAUUGGUUUAGAACAAUGCAAAAAAAUUUUAUCGUUAGAAACUUAUCAAAAUACAUCAAUUAAAGAUUGUUCUCGUCAACUUUCAAAAUUAAUAACGAGCUUAAAAUUAACAAAUGUUGAACCUUUUUUGCUUUUAAUUCAGUCAAAUAGAGUAACAAAGCAAUUACUAAAGGAUUUCCCUUCACUUGUUGCCUUCCCUAACGUUACUUUAAAGGUUACUGAACCUUCUAAUUUGAUGAAUAUAUUGGAUUGGGCUAAUACUAUUGUUAAACGAUCUGUUCAACACUUUUUUAUUUGUUUUACUUAUUUGAAGGUUUUUUUUAAAUUUUUGAAAUUUUUGGGAAUUUUUUUUUUUGAAAAAUCCCUUUUAAGGCCUAAAAUAAAUUUAUUUAAUGUUUUUGCCUUAUAUAUAAGGUAA